AUGUCUCAGGGGUCCAGUGUCAUGCCUGUACCGACGCAGGCAGAUGAUAAAAUGGCUGGUAUGGAUCAUGCAGAGGUUCAUUACUUCAAUAGUUACAAUCACCAUGGCAUACAUGAAGAAAUGUUGAAAGAUGAAGUCCGAACCAAGUCAUACCAGAAUGCGAUCUACCAGAACAAACACCUCUUCAAAGACAAAGUCGUCUUAGACGUAGGAUGUGGUACAGGGAUUCUCAGCAUGUUUGCGGUCAAAGCUGGCGCGAAACAUGUCAUCGGAGUAGACAUGUCCACGAUCAUCGAAAAGGCACGAGAGAUCGUUGAAGCAAACGGGAUGACAUCGAAGAUAUCGUUACUACAGGGAAAGAUGGAGGAAGUGCAACUGCCUUUUUCAAAGGUCGACAUAAUCCUUUCUGAAUGGAUGGGCUACUUUUUGCUUUACGAGAGUAUGCUUGAUACCGUCCUCUACGCUCGGGAUACUUAUCUCGUACCUGGAGGCCUGAUCUUCCCCGACAAAGCAACUAUUUUCAUGGCUGGUAUUGAGGAUGGCGAGUACAAAGACGAGAAGAUUGGAUUCUGGGACAAUGUCUACGGCUUCGACUACACGCCUUUAAAGGACACAGCCUUGACGGAACCACUGGUGGACACGGUAGAAGUCAAAGCCUGCGUGACCGACCCCUCGAGGGUGUUCUCAAUCGAUCUUUACACCGUUACCGCCGCUGAUCUUGCAUUCCAAGCCCCGUACGUUCUGAACGUUAGGAGGGUCGACUUCAUACACGCCUUAAUCGCUUGGUUUGACAUCGAGUUCACCGCAUGUCAUAAGCCAAUCUCGUUUUCCACUGGUCCUCACAGCAAGUACACUCACUGGAAGCAAACUGUCUUCUAUCUGCGAGAUGUUUUGAGAGUCGAGGAGAACGAACAAGUAACAGGCCUCUUGACAAGCAAACCGAACGAGAAGAAGAAGAGGGAUCUUGACAUCACGAUCUCUUACGAGCUUCAGACAGACGAUGAGAGCAGGUUUGCCCAAGGAAAUCUUGAUUACAAGAUGUGCUGA